UGGCCUUAGGGCUGCGGCGGCCAGUCAGGCGCAAGGCGCUCGGAGCGUUUCAGAUGGCUACUCAGCAAGGAACGCCCUCCUCGGCCCUGCGGGUCCUGGAAGAAGCGUUGGGCAUGGGCUUGUCGGCUGCCGGGGACACCGCGGAGGCGGUGGCUGCCGAGGGUGCCUACUACCUGGAGCAGGUCACUAUAACUGAAGCAUCUGAAGAUGAUUAUGAAUAUGAAGAGAUACCAGAUGACAAUUAUAGCAUUCCAGAAGGUGAAGAAGAUCUAGCGAAAGCAGUUCAGAUGGUCCAAGAACAGGCUGCAGAUACCCAGAUUUUGGAGCAGAAAACAGUCUUUUCUCCAAAGCAUACAGUACCUGAAGCAAUAGAAGACUUUCUUUGCAAUUUCCUGAUCAAAAUGGGAAUGACCAGAACUCUUGAUUGCUUUCAGUCUGAAUGGUAUGAGUUAAUACAGAAGGGAGUAACUGAACUUAGAGAUGGUGGGAUUGUUCCAGAUGUCUACACCCAGAACAUGCUUUUAGAAAAUGAGAACAAAAUUUUGAAGAAAGAUUUGAAGCACUAUAAACAAGCAGCUGACAAGGCUAGAGAAGAUUUGCUGAAAACUCAGAAAGAACGUGAUUUUCAUCGAAUGCACCACAAGAGAAUAGUCCAGGAGAAAAACAAAUUAAUUAAUGACCUCAAAAGGUUGAAGUUACAUUAUGCAUCAUAUGAACCAGCUAUAAGAGUAUUACAUGAAAAGCACCAUGCUUUACUGAAGCAGAAAAUGCUGACCUCUUUGGAAAGGGACAGAGCAAUAGGACAGAUUUCUGGACUUCAAGAAACACUGAAGCAUAUGGAAAUAGGGCAUAGUUACCAUGCUCCUGAAUUUAGAGUUGUUGCUACUUAUGAAAAGGAAAACGCACCAGAAGGUCCUACUCAAAAAGGUCUUCGUGAAGCCAGAGAACAAAGCAAAUGUAAAGCAAAGACGAAAGUUAAUACAAAGGCCUCCAACAGAAAUCAAGAGGGCAUCUAUGAGCUCAGAGCAAGAUCAACCCUCUGUCCAACUCCACGCCUCCAUCCUCAGGAGUGGAGAGGGAACUCUCAAACUUGGAAUAAGAUCACAGCUCUUCAAGACACCAUUGACAGGAGACAACAAAGUUCCCAAGCACUCCGAAUAAGACCGCCCAUUUACAGGACAUACUACCUCUGUCAGCAGGAGGCAAAGGGGAGAUUCUGAGUAACUUGUGCUUCUGGGCCUCUUCUCUCCCAGACCUUUUUCUUCAACACCCAUAUCCUUUAUCCUGUUCUUUUUAGUCUUCUUAAGGAGCCUAUAACUCCCUCAUCACAUAUUCCAAAACUCUAACCCUCCCUAAGGCUCCUUAUGUCAUGUUUUCUUACUCAAUCUCUUAGUCUCCUUUUCUGAUUCCCUAAUCUUUCACUGUGUACUCCCUGGAAUUCAAGAUCUUUGAUCAGCAAAAUCCACUCUAUUUUCAGCUUGUAUUAUGUCCCUUCACCUUCUGUGCUAAUAGAAAUUCAGCUUUUCCAUGCUUAUAGUUUCUCCUACAGCCAGCAGACUUCUGGUAAAUGUUUAAUGAUCAGCUCUUUGAAGGGGAGGAAAUAAACCUUGAUUUGCAGUAUUUUCCAGUUUCUGUGUUUUAUAUACUCAGGCUACUAUCUUACUUCACCAAAUGUGAGGUUGAGAAGUGACAUCCAUAGUCAGCUUUCUUGACAUAGCUCAUGUCUACUAUGAUCUGUAGCAGUCUCAAGGGUGACUUCUCUGAUUCCUCACUAAGCUAUAGCAUUGGACCUGCAGGUGACAUAAUUGUCCCCUUUGCUUCUCAUUGCUGCUUUCAGUCCCUUCUCCUACCCUCAUUAAUGAAUACACCUUGCCUUGAAUCUCAUAUCAUCAGUUUAUUGUACUCAAUAAUAGCUAUUUCAGGCACUUCUUAAUUUUUUUUUCUUUACGUCUUUUGUAAAAUGAAAAAAGUAGUCACUGUGACAUUGUUACUUCUGUAAAAAUGAUUCCUGCUGUAAUUCUUAUUUAGAUAUUCACAUGGAUGAUCCUUCAAACACUCUUUCAGUUCCUCAGCAGCUGCUGCUUUAAAUGAUCUUGUUCUCCAUCUAUUCUCAGUCACUCACUUUUUGGUCAUUCUCUAGGCCUUGUUAUUGCCAAUAACUUCCAUAAUUUGUCAUUUUGUUUGCUGUUUGCUCCUUAUCUCCCCGACCUCUGUAUAUUGAGGUUUUUCUGGGAUCAGUUCUGGGGCCUCUUCUCUUUUGAUGUCCUUACUCCCUAGGUUGUCUCACCCAGUCUCAUGACUUUAAAUGACCUAUAUGUUAGUGAUUCAUUAAGUUAUAUCUUCACCAGCGAUCUCUUUUCUGUCCUCUGGUUUUAUAUAGCCAACUGCAUGCUCAACCCUCCAACCCUUCCAUUCUGAGUCUGCAUUAAGGCUCUAUCUCCUGCAAUUUUCUCCAUCUUAAGGAAACUCUGUCCUUCCAGUUCCUCAACCAAAAACCUCUGGAGUUAUCCUUGAGUCAUUUCUCUCUCAGACAUUUUACAUCAGAUAUGAAAAAUUAUUUUGGUUGUAUUUUGAAACAUAUAUACUCUUCCAUCUUUUCUUACCACCAGCAGUGUUGCUCUCUGUUUUUCUUCUCCAUCAUCUCUAACCUGGAUUACUACAAUAGCUCCCCAGCUGGUCUCUCUGCUUUUUUUCUUUCCUUUCCUUCAGUCUUUGUUGAAUGUAGCAGCCAGAGUGAUCCUCCUAAAACAUAAAUCUAUCCAUUACAUAUCUCAGUUGAAAAAUUUUAGUGGUUUUCUAUCUUUUUCAGAGCUAUAAGAAAGUCAUUAUAGCCUCUGAGGUCCUACAUUUUCUGGUUCCUUUUUAACCUCUCUGACCUCAUCUUCACUUGCUAGACCGUCUUUUACUCAAUUGUAGACACACUCGCCUCCCUGUUUGAAGAAUACUGUAGUCAUGCCCUGCCUCCAGGCUUUUGCACUUGAGGUUUUAUCUGUCUAAGUUGUCUUCUCUCAGAAAUUUGAAUGGCUCAUGCCCUCAACUCCUUUAGAUCUUUCAUUAAAUGUCUCCUUUUAGAGAGACUUUCCAUAGACAUCCCAUCUAAAUUUUAAUUUAGAUUUAAUUAAAAUUCCCUUUUCCUUCCUGGAUCUCUUUCCUGCUUUUUUUUUUUUCUUACAUAUCUGCCUCUUACAUUCUGCAUUGUACUUAUUAACUUACUGUACUUUUUCCCUACUAGAAUGUAAGCUCCAUGAGAGCAGAAAUAUUUGCCUGCUUUAUUCACUUCUGUAUUCUCAGUGCCAAAAAUGUGACUGGCCAAUAGUACGUACUCCAUAAAUAUUUGUGUUUGAAUGAAGGAAUACCUAAGAAAUAUACAUUCUGUUAGUUGUUGUUGCACAGAAAUGAAAUUGAUUACUGUAAGUCAAUUGUAAACAUAGACACCUUGCUAAACUCUCUACUGUAAUAGGUUUCUUUAAAAAAAUUUCUUGUAAAUAAUGAUAUCAGCUAUAAACAGUGAUAGUUAUGAUUUUCCUUUUCUAAUCUUGGAAAAUUUGAUGUGUAUUUCUUAUUUUUGUACAUUGUUUAGGACUUCUAGAGAAUGGUUAAAUUGAAGAGAUUGGAAUAGACAUUCUUAUCCUGUUUGUUUUUUCCUAAAAUGAAGAAAUAUUUCUCAUGUUUCAACACAAGAAAUGAUAUUUUUUAUAAAUCUUUAGUAGAUAUUCCUUCUUAAGUUAAAAAAUUUCCUCUACUUCCACAUUUGCCAGGUUUAUUUGUGUUUUAUCAUGAGUUAACAUUAAUUUUGUUUUAUCAUAAAUGAAUGGUAAAUUUUUUUUAUCAUGUUCAAAAGUUUUAUCAUGAAUGAAUGCUGAAUUUUCUGCUUCUGAGAUGAUCUUCUCCGUUAAUGUUUUAAUGUGGUAAAUGACAUGCUAGACUUUCUAAUGUAACAUUCUCUUUCAUUCUUUGGAUGAAACUAGCUCAUUCAUCAUGUGUUAUAUGAUUUAUAUAUAUCACUGGAUCUAGUUCAUUGUUUUAUACUUAGGGUGUUUCUAUAUUUUGAAUAAAACUGACCUUUAAUUUU